CGUCCCACAAUAAGAGCAGGUGCUCGAAGAUGCUGAGAGCCGAAAGGGCAGACCAACAACUUUUUUCGUUUUCUCGGAGACUGGUGGCUCAGGGAGCAGAAGUCUCGUAUGCAAGUCCAUGGCCGUCGGCAGCAAGGCCCGGAUCACGAUCUCAUCUCUCCUUUUCUUCUCUGUCGUCCUCUAUGCAGCCAUGUGGCUGCCGGUGUCAUUGCCGACGCGAUUGACGGCAUUACUUCGCUUCGAACACCCAUUAUCUCCGGUAUGCAAAAAGCAAGCUUUGAGAGAUGAAUUGGACAUAGCCUUGGAAGAAACCUCAAUGGACAACAAGAUGUUAAUCAUUGCCAUUCUGAACAGAGCAUACAUGGGUGAAAAUGGCAUGUUGGAUCUCUUCCUCCAGAGCUUGCACCAAGGAGAGAAGACUGAAUUCUUGAUCAAUCACCUUCUCCUUGUUGCAGUUGAUCAGCUGGCCUUCAAUCAAUGUAAGAUUUUACAACUUCAUUGCUAUCAUCUGGUCUCCGACAGUGCUAGUUUCUCCAAGGAGGCCUUUUACAUGUCUGAUGAUUUCAUCAAGAUGAUGUGGAGAAGAACUCAGUUCCUCAGAGAAGUACUUAGGCGUGGAUAUAGCUUCAUAUUCACGGACAUGGAUAUACUCUGGCUAAGGAACCCAUUGACAAAAUUGAGUGGUGGAGAAGACCUGCAAAUAAGCUGUGAUAAGUACAACAGCCAACGACCAUUUGAUGCUGCAUCCAACUUUAUCAACACUGGGUUUUACUUCAUUUCAGCAAAUAAGAGGACUAUAGCCAUGUUUGAUCACUGGAAUGGUGCAACGAAUAGGUCAUUAGGCAUGAAAGAUCAGGAUGUAUUACUUAAGCUGAACAUUGAGGGUGUCUUAGGGAAACUUGGUGUGAGAGUGAAGUACUUGGAUAAUAAUUACUUCAGUGGUUUCUGCCAUAAGAGUAGAGAUUUCAGGAAAGUGAUUACAAUGCAUGCGAAUUGUUGCGUUGGCACAAAAGCAAAGCUUAUAGACUUGAGAGCUUUCUUCGAAGCCUGGAAGAUUCACAAUGGCACAUCAAAUGCAACUUGGCCUGCACACAAGUCAUGCUUGUUUGCAAAGAACAGAAAGCUCAUUUCUGAAUCUGCAAGUUUACAUAAUUGCAAACAAUUAGUCUGCUAAUUCUCAAAGAUGCCUGCUACUGAUAUGUCGUCAGUUUUUUCAAAGUACUAUAUCUCUACUUUUGUCGAAUUAUGAUAUAAGGAUAUACCAAAUAUAUGUCCAUUCUGUAUAUCUAUUUGUGGUUGGAUUGAAAUAUUCGAAUGUAAUCUUGCUCUCAAUUUCAAAUGUUUUUUCCAUA